AUUGCAAAAUUAAUCAAUAGUAUUAAUUUAAAUAAAAUAUUUUAAAUUUUUAGAAAGAUUUUGUUAGAUUUUUUCUCAACAUUUUGUUAUAACUAAAAAUAAAAUUUAAAUUUACAGUUAAAAUUGAUUUAUUAUUAAUAUCUUUAUAUAUUUAAUAGAUUAAUGUAAAUAAUUAAAUAAAUAUAAUUAAUGAAAUGGACCUAGUAAGACUAGUAUAACUUUUUUAUGGUAGAUAAAAAUGGUACUUCUCUUUUAAUAAAGAAGAUUAGUAUCUCCUACUAGUCCGGAACAUAGACAUAUGAAACAUUAGUCCGUAGCCUCCUAAAAUUAUAAAAAAAAUCUAUUGACAUAAAUAACUUACAUAAAUAUUGACCUCCAAAUAUGUAAAGAGUAUUUAUUUGACUCUUGCCAAAUUGUUUAUAAUCUUCUUACUCUUAGAAUCGACCAUGUCUCUGUUUCACAAUCAUCAGUAAGACACUCACAUGUUUAUGGGAAGAUUCAUAACACAAAGUUAGAUUAGACAUGUUGGAGGUCGAAAAUAGCUUCCGCAAUUCCAAAUUUUACAUAAGCCAAGAUAGACAAGACAACGGUUCAUUUCCCAAGAGAGUAGCCCGUUGAGUGCAACCAGACCUUAGGAUUUCCACUGUCCUCUUUUUUUGUGCACCAGGAUUUCCACUGUACUAAUUGACUAAAUAUAAAUGCUUCUCCUUCAAUUUCCAAAACGUAAGUAUUAAGAAGUUGGACGGUUGUCUUUGGGUUCUCUCUAUAUAAGCCACUAUAGUUUACUAGAAAUAAAAUCAUGUUACCUUAUAACUAUGGCAACUCAAACCAACCAACAGAUAUUCUCGGGUGGACUUGCAAAGGUCUUGGAAGAACAAUGGCAAGUUGACGUACUCAAGGCGGGUGUGGACAACGAUGACGAUUCAGCUAUAUCCGCUCACAAACUUAUUCUGGCAUCAAGAUCAGAGGUGUUUAAGAAGAUGCUGGAAUCUGACGAGGUUAAGACUUUGGCUGAGCAGGUCGAGACAGUCACUCUAUCAGAGAUGAAAAAAGAAGAGUUAGAAACUUUUGUUGAAUUUAUGUAUAGCGAUGGCACUAUGAUUUCUCCGAAAGCUAAGCAGAAUGUUCAGUCACUCUAUCUUGCCGCUGACAAAUACGAAAUCCCUCAUCUACGUGAUCUGUGCAGAAACGAAAUGAUAUCUUCUCUGGAUAUGUCGAAUGCUCUUGACGUCCUUGAGCUUGCUCAGAUACCUUUCGACAAUGGCCUCAAUGAAGCCGCUUUCAGUUAUGUCAAAAAUAAUAUAUCUACCAUAGCUAGCUCGGAGGUCUUCAAAUUAUUCGUAGUCAGUAACCCAAAUCUUGCCUGGGAGAUAAUGAAGGCUUCUGUUUCGCAGACAAGCAACAUUUACUCCAGGGCUUGUAGAAACUGUGGUACCUACUGUCUUUACUGCAGAUGAAGUCAAGAAGACCGUUAACAUGAUUGCUCUCGUGACGUCUUUAUUUUCUCAAUAAUCGUCUGAAAUGCGAUUGAUCUGUUUUUAACGAGCUCAAUAUGCUAAAUCAUAUUAUUUGUAUUGAGUUAAAUAAGAUUGUGUGUCUAGAGUUUUCUUUGGUCCUAUUUUGUGGUCAGUUUUGAUUUACUACUAAAUUGAAGUAAUCUAUUAUAUAAUGAUUCAGUGGAGACUCACCAGGGUCUGAUACGUCAGCACCCCAUGCCUGCAGAGCCCGGCUUGACCCAAUUAUUUUGAACCAAUCGAAUGGGUCCCCAAUUUCUUAUAAUUUCGUAAUAAUAUGUCUAUAAAUAUAAUAAUAUAUAUAAAUGUGUAAGUGUAAAAUAAAAAUGUUAUGUUUUCAAAAAAAAAUGUUCAUAAAAGAUAAAUAAAAAUGCAUAGUUAUGUAUAUAUGGCAGUAAAUUAGAUUAAGUUUAUAUUUAAAUACAAAUUAUAAUAAAUUUUAACCUUUAAAAAAAAUUAAAUAAUUCUUAAAAGAAAAUUGUAUAGGGCCCCAAACAAUUCAGGUCCGGCUCUGCCUGCCUGACACCUCACUUUAAAAAAAUCCAUAGAAAAAGGUAAAUCGUUCAUCCUCAACUAUUGACUCUUUGGAUCCUUUUGUCAAAGUGAGUUUCAUUUCAUCAACAAUCGAUAAUACAUUUCUAAAGAGUUUUGAGAGAUAAUAUCUCAUCUUUUUCAAUUCAUCUAUAUAAACCAUUCUUCAGCUCCUCUUCUUUCAUAAAAAAUAAGAACGGACUCAGAUCUGGGAUAGGUGGAGAGGUUUGCAUGGUAGUGAAUUCGUCUUAAACUUUAAUUAGUAAUUUGCCGCUAUAUUCUGGUGAUUAAUAUCAUCAAUGGGUCUUUGCCAGAGAUUCUUUUUCUUCAAUAUUGUUUGAUCAUUGAUGUUGUUCGUAUCAGUAAGACAGUGGACAAAGGCGUUAACAAUAUAUUUGUAACGCUUUGAUCCGUCCACGGCUAAUGGGCAACCCACGCCGCUCUCUCGGUCCGUGGGCUCCAUCCCAUCUGACGGUCGGUCCGUUAAUUUUCUAAAAGCUCAAAAUCACUGUUUACUGACCCUACAAUCACCACCCGAUAUUUUCUCAUGCUUUGGCCUCACUCGCAUGCUAUCGCGAAUCACUUCCCGAUAGGUCACCCAUCCUUCCACUAUUCCAUCUCAAGCACAUUUAACUCUGGAGUUCUUUCAGGAUGUGCUUCGGAAAAGGUAAAUCAACUUUGGUGACAUAGGUAGCCAAAUCAAUUCUCUUAAGCUUUUUCACAUAUCACAACUCGGGAUGUUACAAUUCACCCCCUCUCAAAGAACGCAACGUCCUCGUUACGGCCCACGACAGGUCUCAAGACGCCUCUCAGGUCAAAACUGAGAUGGCUAACCAGCUCUGAUACCACUUAUAACGCCCCGACCCGCCCACGGGUAAUAUGCCACCCACGCCAGCUCUCUCGACCUGUGGGUCUCAUCCCGUCUAACGGUUGGUCCGUUAAUUUUCCAAGGCUUAGCAUCAUUGUUUACUGACCAUGCAAUCACCACCCGACCUUUUCCCAUGCUUUGGCCUCACUCGCACGCUAUCGCGAAUUACUUCCCGAUAGGUCACCCAUCCUUCCACUACUCCAGCUCAAGCACGCUUAACUCUGGAGUCUGGAGUUCUUUCAGGAUGUGUUCCGGAAAAGGUAAGUCAACAUUGGUGACAUAGAUAGCCAAAUCAAUUCUCUUAAGCUUUUCCAUAUAUCACAACUCGGGAUGUUACAAUUCACUCACUCUCAAAGAACGCAACAUCCUCGUUGCGCUCCACAACAGGUCUCAAGACGCCUCUCAGGUCAGAACUGAGACGACUAACUAGCUCUGAUACCACUUGUAAUGCCCUGAUCCGCCCACGGCUAAUGGGCCAUCCAUGCCCGCUCUCUCGGCCUGUGGGCCCCAUCCUGUCUGACAGUCAGUCCGUUAAUUUUCCAAAGGCUCGAAAUCACUGUUUACUGACCCUGCAAUCACCAUCCGACCUUUUCCCAUGCUUUGGCCUCACUUGCAUGCUAUCACGAAUCACUUUCCGAUAGGUCACCCAUCCUUCCACUACUCCAGCUCAAGCACGCUUAACUCUGGAGUUCUUUCAGGAUGUGCUCCGGAAAAAGUAAAUCAACUUUGGUAACAUAGGUAGUCAAAUCAAUUCUCGUAAGCCUUUUCACAUAUCACAACUCGGGAUGUUACAAUAUUCUAUUUAAUUUUCAUAUCACCCGUUCAUAGUAAGUAAUUAAGGCAUGAUAAUUGUUUAUAUAUAUAUAUAUAUUUUAAACCUGGUUCACCCAUGUUAGAUUGGAAUCAAUAAGUGACUUCUUGUAUCUUUCUCAAAGAACUGAGUUGGGUGGUCAAGAGAUGGAAAAACUAACCAAUUCAGUUUGUUUAUUAUUUGGUUCGAUUCCAUAUCAGAUAUUUGAUUUCUAAUCAGUAAAACAGGCCUGUACAUGAAGCACUCUAACUGGGAAUUAGGUUUAAGAAUACCAUGUUGUAAAUUGUAAUUAUAUGCUAACAUGUAAAUUCAAUGAAUUAAUUGCUCGGUUUUUUAAAAAUGGUUCCAUAUUGGAUAUUUUGUAGGUGUUCAGGUGGAACUAAGCUGUAGAAAUACUUCAAUAAUCGUUGAGACUAGAGACAAGGCAGCUGCAUGUGGUUUGGUGGGGUUAGAAUUGUGGUCAUGUGUUCAUUCAUGGUGAUAUACAUACUACUGUAAUAUACAUAUAUGCAAAGCCUCUUCAAAACGUAGAAGAGUAUGAAGUGACAUUCAAAAAUAUUUACUCAAAAUAUAUCCACUAUACAUGACUAAAGUCUAUUAUGUAUGGAAAUAUCCACACCGAAUAGAUGGCACUAGCAAAAGAAGUUUGUUCAUAAAUCAUAAGAGCAACCACAUUGAGGGUUUUAAACAGGUUCAUGGGCUCAGGUUUUAAGGCCUUUUAAAUAAAAAUAAAUGAGAAAUUGGAUUUAAUUUGGCGAACCGCCUCUUACCAGUGAUCCCGUCCGAUACGGGUUCAGGACAGGUGUCGCAUUCUGAUUGGUGAAGGGGAGGAGAGGUCACGCGCUUGAACGCGGAGAGAGAAUCAUUUCUCUCAUUUUCACGAGAAAGCUAGGGUUUGCUCUAUGUGGCGAUUUCAUUUGCGACGCCGAGCUCUCACCCAUUUUCUCCCCUUUUCUCGAUCGAUUCGGCGCCGGAUUGUCUCCUCCACGACCAGAGGUGAGUUCCGAGUCGAUUGACGUUUAGAUAUUAGCCUUCUGUUGUCGAUAUCGCCAUUGUGAAUUGUCAAAAGAUUUUCUGAUCUCGGGUUAGGGUUCGAAAUCGAGAUGUGUUUGGAUCUAGGGUUGUAUAACCUUGUCUACGGGUUCUAUUUAUCGAUUAAUGGUCCGAGAUUUGCGGAUUGAAAAUCGAAUAGGGGUUUUCGAAUUAGGGUUAAAAAAAAUUUGGGGGUUUCGAUUAGUGGUUUGAUAUAGUAAACUGGGUUGGAUAGACGGUUCGUAUGAUCGUAUUUUACAGUUUUUUUGUGCUAAUCAUUUCUUGUUUUGUGCUUUAGAUGGAUCCCGCAGAUGAGAGAACAGAUUGUAAGAGGAAACUGGAGCACAUAAACCUCCUGAGAUACGUUUCCGAUUCGGAACAUGGGAUGCCCAAAAGAUGCGCUUGUGGUGGGAGAAUGAUAGACGAGGUUCGAGUGAAGGAUGAGUUCGACACUCAGCCAGGGAAACGCUUCUUCAGCUGUGUAAACUACGAGGUUAGAUACAAACCCUGUUACCCAUUUGAAUUAUUAGAUACAAACCUGUGCUUUAGUUCAAUAUUUGGAAUGUGUUGUCUGAUGUGUUUAUUGUUUAACCAAGGCUGAUGGGUUACAUUAUCGUCAGCCUUGGGUUUGUGGUGUGCAGGAGGAGAUCGAAAUGCUGCGUAAGCGUGUGGAGGAGGCUGAUGAGGUGAUCAAGUCGGUGCCAAUGCUGGUUGAGAGUGUCGAGGUUUGUCACUUUGUCUAAGAGUUGAUUUAUUUUUCUUAAUUUAGGUUUUUAAAAAGUCAUUCACAACGUUUCUUUUUUUCUUGUGCAGGCACAAGUUAAAAGGCUGAGUUUGCUGCUUGAUAAGCUCACUGGUGACGUGUAUAACCUCACAGUGCAGGUGGCUGCUCUGGAGAGGGUGUGUUUCGACUGAAAUCGAACAGGUAAACACAGAAACUAAACCGAAGUAGUUCUUUCCGUGUACUGAUAGGUGUGUUGGUUUCUGUAGUUGAACUGAAACUUAACUAGGAACUCAUCUAAGUUCAUUAAAUAUGUAGAGUAGUAUCUGUACUAGAUUAUAACUAGGAACUCACAUAGGUUAAUUUAAAUCGUUGUUGGUUGGUUGCUGUGAUGAAUGGUCAUUAAAAAUAUUGAUUUGAUGUGUAAUGAAUACAUUAUGUGAACUACUUCAUCUGUAAUUAAGGCUAAUGAAUGUUUGGUAGUUAGAGACACAAAGGAAGUAAAUCCUUUUUAUAGAUACUGAAACCAACCACUGUAAACACAAACCAACUUUUAAAAAUCACUCUAACUCACCACGCUCUUGUGAAAACACCCAAAAACCUGAAACCAAAAUGGAUCCCUUUUCUCUUAAUUCUGUCGGGUUUGUGAACCUAUUAUCUUCCCAGUGCACUCAAACCACUCAAAACACUCAAAUCACUCAAACCGCUCAAAACACUCAAACCACUCAAACCAUAGAUGUAGGGUCCUCAGAUGUUCCUAAACCCGUAGAGAGGAGAAAGUGGACAACACAAGAGGACAUUGUCCUCAUCAGUGCCUGGUUGAACACCAGAAAGGAUCCCAUAGUUAGUAACCAGCAGAAGUUAGGUUCGUUUUGGAAAAGAAUAGAGGAUUAUUUUAAUUCAAGCCCUCAGCUCACUGGCUCUGCUCCUAGAGAGUGGAGUCAGUGUAAGCAGAGGUGGGGAAGGAUUAAUGAGCAGGUGUGUAAGUUUGUGGGAAGCUAUGAGGCGGCUAUGAAGGAGCAAGCUAGUGGCCAAAAUGAGAACGAUGUCAUGAAGUCUGCUCAUGACAUCUUCUUCAACGACUACGGGGCGAAGUUCAAUCUUGAACACGCCUGGAGGGAGUUGAGGUUUGAUCAAAAGUGGAGAUCGAACUCUGUCUCAAAAGAUGGUGCAAAGGAGAAACGGAAGGAAGCUGCAGAGUCAGUCCCUGACUCGGAUGAGGCUAGGCCUCCUGGUGUUAAGGCUUGCAAAGCAGCCAAACGCAAGAAAAAGGGGAAUGAAGCAGCCUUUGAUCGACUAGAAACCAUUCUAGACUUGAAACGCAACCUAGCCAAACAAAAAAUUCUAGAUCGUCUCCUCUCUAAGAAACAUGAAACUCUAACUGAUAGUGAGGUGGCUCUUAAGGAGAAACUCGUUUCUGAGAUGCUCUAGGUGAUAAUUUGAUAACUGCUUGUGCUUAGUUGAGGAUUUUCUUAGUUCAUUAGUUGAUUCUUUUGUUCAUUACUUGAUAACUUUGUUCAUUACAUGAUAAUUUUGUUGAUUACUUGACUUUAACUUAUCUUCUUCUGUCUCGUUUUACAGGUGAAGGUUGUUGGUUGUGGAGGUCACGGGUUCUACAAGGUUUGUUGGUUCUACAGGUCACGGGUUGUUGGUUGUGGAGGUCACGGGUUCUACAAGGUUUAGUCUGAGGUUGAUGGGUCAUCUCACGGGUUGUACUAGUGAGAAAACAUGUGCUCAGGUCAUGGGUUGUACUCGUUUGUUUUUUAUUUUUGUAUGAUGUAGUUGUCGCGGAUGAUGUCGAGAAAGACACUAUAUAAUCUAUCUCUCAUUUAUGCAUUGCUCUCAUCUUCAUCUCGAUCUAUUCUCUCAAAACAAUCAGAACAAAACCAUCUUUCCAAUCUCUUCUCUGUAAACAAUCACACAACAACACUGAAGCACACAUAAGCACACAUCUCGAAUUUGGUAAUUAAUUUCAGACAGCAUCUCUUCUCUAGUAAGCACACUCACACACUUUGCUUAAUUUCAGACAACCACAUUCGUCUAAUUUUUUUUUUCCACUCUCUUUGUUUCUAACUACAGGUGUUCCGUACUUUCAGCACCGAGUAAAUGCUCACGGAAGGAAAGGGCUCUCACCACUUCAAAAAUGUACGGCAGCUAUACGUAUGCUCGCAUAUGGUCAAUCGGGAGAUACGUAUGACGAAUAUCUCCGACUCGGUGAAAGUACUGCUCUUUUAUGUUUGGAACAUUUUACUAAUGGGAUAAUACACUUUUUUGGUGAUGAGUAUCUAAGAAUACCUACGGCAGAAGAUCUUCAACGAUUACUCGAUAUUGGAGAGGCACGCGGGUUUCCCGGGAUGAUUGGCAGCAUUGAUUGUAUGCAUUGGGAGUGGAAAAACUGCCCAACGGCUUGGAGAGGGCAGUACACACGAGGUUCAGGAAAGCCGACAAUUGUCUUAGAGGCUGUGGCAUCAGAAGAUCUUUGGAUAUGGCACGCAUUUUUCGGAUUACCAGGUACCCUUAACGAUAUCAAUGUUCUUGAUCGGUCUCCUGUUUUUGAUGACAUUAUAAAAGGUCGAGCACCUAAAGUUAAAUUCAAGGUCAACAACCACACUUACCGUAUGGCGUACUACCUUACUGACGGAAUUUAUCCGAAUUGGUCGACAUUUAUCCAAUCUAUCCCACUUCCUCAAGGUGAUAAAGCAGAGCUGUUUGCUAAACAUCAAGAAUCCACCAGAAAAGAUGUCGAACGAGCUUUUGGGGUAUUGCAAGCGAGGUUUGCUGAUAUUCUAAAAAUGAAUCCUUGCUACUGUCAAGUUAACAGUGGUAAUUGUAAUAUUUGAGAUUCAAUCCAGAGGACCAGUUUACUCUUUACUCUUAUGAGUUCAAUGUCAAGCUGAGAAACAAGUGGGUUUUGAGAAUUAAUUGUGAUAAAAGUAACAAGAAUGCCUAGGUAAUUUGAAUUCAAUUUAAAUGAAGCUGGCUUAGGGUCAAUGAUCGGAUGUUAAUUGCAGAACUGAACAACUAUUCAAAUGCGAUGAAAUGCGGUCUAGAACUCAGAUCACUCAGCUGGAACAACUCACUAUCGUGAUCUUAUUCCCUAUGCGUGUCGGCCUUGAAUCCUAAGCUCUCGCUUGGAACAAGACGCGAAAGCAAGCUUUAGAUGCGAGAUCUAAUUAGUUCACUUAAUACCCUAAUAUCUACUCUCGCUGAUUAGGGAUACUAAGCUCAUUCAAUAUAGGUCGACUUAUCUCCUAACGGUUAGCUAGAGGAUUAAAUCAUAGAUCCAACAUUAAGUGAUCAGUUCAAUGCAGGCAGUAAGAUCAAUAUGAAUGAAGAUAGUUGAGAUCACUUAUUUGUGUUCAGUUCAUGCGGCUAACACCCUACAACCCUAAGCAAGCUUAGCCUACUACUCAAUCAUAAAGCAGGAUGACACAGGCAAGAUUUCUGAAUAAUACUGCAUAUAAAAUAAGUAAAAAGACAAAGGGUUCAGGGUAAUCUUCUCGUGAGAAUGAGAGAUGGAGCCUUCUCCCUUACAAGUUGCGUAAAAUCCAAAAGAGCAAUCUAGGUUUCUUGUAAAAACUAGUGUGUCUUUAAGAAAACGAUAGCCUCCCCUUUUAUAGGGAGGCGCUGGUGAUAGGAGAAUAAGAGAAAGAGAAAGUCGAAACUAGGGCAAACUCCAGAAUAGGAAGUUUCCUUAAUGAUCGGGAGCAGUCUAAUGCUUGAUCUCUUCGGGAGCAACCCUUGGGUUGUUCUAAAUGACUGUUCCACGUUGAAUCCUUCAAAACAGCAUCUGACUUCCUGAAACUUUCUCCUUUACUCUUUCACCUGUUCCUAACCUGGAAUGAUGUAAAUUAAACACGAAUUAGGACUGAAAAUGAGCUCAAAGUGCACAUGUAUUGGUAUUAAAAACACCACAUAUCAAUUCCCCCAGACUUAGAUCCUUGUUUGUCCUCGAACAAGACCAAGCCUCAAGAGCAGGAAGAAAGGUUUGAAGGAGUGGGAACUCGCUUUCUUCUGAAUAACCAUGCUCUUACCACACAUCUCUGAACCAUACAAGCUGUAGAAUCAGAUUGCACACCCUUACCAGAACACCCCACGAUUGCUGUUCGAAGAUCAGCUCCGUACUCUCUAUCUCAUACCUGAAAAGGUUACACUAUCGAGACAAAACUUCUUUAAGAAUCAUUUAAGAACAGCGUGAGCUUCUCAUUACAAGCACUAUUCAGGGUAGACGGGUUGAUAAGGAAUAUGCUGUUUUACAGUGGAGCUGAGAGUGUUUAGGGGUUACCGUGUUUGAGUGCAUGCAGGAUAUCGCGCAAAAUAGCAAGAGAGGACGGAUUUGUUGAAGCCCACAACCCUUACUCAUCUCUGCCUCACGGAUUGGGUUGUUCUACAGUGUGGAUCAAUCGUGCCACUGUUCUCCGGCUCUUGACUUCUUUUUAUUCCUCCAAAAUCUGUACCCACUUCUUGCUCACCCUUUUCCAGCAGCAUGCAUCUCGAAUCUACCCUCUCCAUCAUAAAUAAAUUAAAGCAUUCAGUUUUUUUUUUUUUUUUUUUUUUGAGUGGAGAUGGAGAGAGGUAUCGGGACGAAUGUUUUGCAGCCGCUGGGGGUCUAUCCUCUGUUUCUCACGGGGUGCCAUUGUUCCAUGCGCCUUCGACUGUUCCUUUCUUUAAGGAUUGAUCUUGUCGACUGUUCUCAAUCUGCUUGCUCUUCUCUCUGAGUGUCAGGCGUCAACGAGUAAGGGGCUGUGUCAAUCCUAUCCUCUCCGGCCCUUUUGCACAUAUCUGCACAUAUAACAUUGAAAAAUAGAAUGCAUGAGGGUGAAAAUAAAGGCUUAGGUAGAAGGUUGGAACUAGCUAAAAAUGAGCUAGCCGCUCAGGAUCAGCAAGAUUGGUAAAAAGAAUAAGAAGCCCUGAGCGUUGGUCUCGUUUCCCUGAUCUAGUGCCCAUAACAAGAAGAAUUUCAGUCAAGAUUAGGUUCAAGUUGGGGUGGAGUUGAGUCUACCCAGUGUAACCUGAUCGGAUGAGAGCUUCUGGAGAGUCAAAUGAGAUGAGUCAAAGGGUGUUCCAGGUCCAAGUAUGGGCUCUUUCAUCACUGCUAAGGUCACUGGAUAAGAAUGUUAGAGCACGAGGUGGUUAAAAGAAUAUAUCACAAGGUCCUAAUUCCCACAAGAGUUUUAACUGACUCGAUCCUAAACUGACUCGAUAAAACAUCCAAAUGACGCAAGGACUGACUCAAAAACAAAGAAACAAAGAAAUAGAGUUUCAGCACACAGUGCUUCCCCCAGACUUAAUCGACACCAUCCCUCGUGGAAAUGAAGCUGAGGUCAGCCAAAAAGCAACACAACAUAACACAUAAAAAAUAAAAAUAAAAAGUUCAGAUGGAUAGAACAAUGGAUAGAGGAUAGUCCUUGCGGACUCAGUCGGACUCGCCGCUCUCGGCUGGGUCAAAGGAUCGCCUGUUGCGCGAGCGAUGAACCUCUUCUGAAGAAGGGCCAGUUCCCAUGGGCUCCUUGCCUGGUCAGUGGGAUCUUGGUGGGCGAUCUGUCGUAGACUGGCGCUGGGCGCUCCCUCCAAUGCAUCCCCCAGUGACGAGGUGGAGUAUCCUCCGCAUGAGGCUGUUGUUUUUUCGCUGCGAGUCCACCAUCCAGCGUCUGUAAGCUUGAUCAUCGGUCACAUCAGCGAGCUCUCCGAGGUCGUACGAUGGGUCGGCUUCAGGGGUGAUGUCCUCAACAUCAUCCAUGUCUUCGUCAGGGACCGCAGCACGUGGAUCAGUGCAAAGGAGCUCGGGGGGAGGAAGAAACCGUAUGUUCUCAAACACGCUGAACCUGGUGAUCUCGGGGUGAGGCAGUUUGGUGAAUAGCUGAGUUCCGGCUUUAUCGAAAAAGCUGUAGGUCUAUUCAUCUCGCAUGAUGUGGCACGCCAUUAGGUACCUAAUGUCGAGGUACUGGACCUCCUUGUUGACGCUGUAUUUGGUGAGAUCAAUGCCGAAAUGCUUGAAAAGCGGUGUGAGCAGGCUGCCGCUCCUGUCUUUCUUCUUCGAGCCGUGCAUAAGGCACUGUCGCCGCUCGCAUAUCAUGGUCAUGAAGUUGAAACCGGGAUUCGUCUUAACCUUUUGAAUGGGAAUUCUGGAACCAGAGGCGCGAAUUUCAUCCUCAAUACCAGUGUACAGGGUUUGCAGCUCCCCGUUGGUGACCUUCGAGGUCAGAUCCUUAGCGAACAGGAGGUUUGAGAUGAUCUUCGCGAUGACACGAAGCGCGGGGUUCCGAAUCUGCGACUGGUAGACCUUUCCGGCUGUGAAGUUCCCAUUUGCAACGCAGUCCCAAAAGGCGUAAGAGGGAGAGAACUUUUUCGCCACCGCUACCCCCUUCGGUUCAGUGGCCAUCUCAUAGAUUUCAUUGAGCUUGUCGAGGGACAAGGAGCAGUACUCUCCAUCUGCCAUGAAAGAGAACGAGCAGUUGGCGUAGGAGGGUGCGUCGGAAUCCUCGUAAGUGAUCGUGGCUGUGGCGAGCAUCUGGCGAACAAGGUCUGGGUAGAGCUCGUGCGUUGUGUAGCACAGAGGAGCAAUCCCGAUGGCGUGCAGCGUCUCGAAUACAUCCUCGUCGAUCCCAAGAUCAGCCAAAGUUUCCGCGUGGCAAAAACGAGUGGGUAGCAUGUCAACUCGGAGGAGGGCGUUGUAACGCGCUGCUGUCCCCUUAUCCCACCCCUCGCAAUUGAAGUCCAUGAGCAAUGGGCUGUCGAGAUCAAUCAGUUCACCCUCUUGUUCACGGGGCCAUGGGUAGGAGGCGGACGUUUGUUGCUGCACUUGCGGGGGUGGCUUGUGCACGUGGCUCUCGUUCGCUUGGCGGAUUGCUUAGUUCUUGCCAUCUACAAGGCAAACAAGAUCAAGCAUUAGUUCUAUUAUUUCACACAGAAGAAAUGGAAUCGAAGUAUUCCCAUCUCUCCUUGUGCGAACUGCAAACCGCUGUUCACUUCAACAAAUUUCAACCAAAUCAAACUGAAAUCUAAACCCUUAUUGCUUCAUUCUCAAAUCGCAAUCGUGAAACAGGAGAGUGUUCAUAUUCUAAAUCAACUCUAACAGCACAAGGGGAGAUCGAAAUCAAGUGGUUAAACAAGAAUCGAUCUAUGAAAGCGGUUAGAAAUGAACUUGCAAACCGAGUUUUUGCGAUUUGGUUGGGAUUGUCGGGCCUCUUACCUGUGGAAACUGGUGAAGUGAUCUGCAAAAACAGAGAGAACUCGAGAUUCCAAACGAAUGAGAAGCAAAACCACUUAAAACGGUUGAGAAUCAAAGAUUUGGUGGUUUGUUUAGAGAAAAUCGCAAGUGGGGGAUCAGUGUACGGCGGACUGAAAGGGAAAGUGAAGAGUGAAGCCUUAAAUAGGAAAAACCCUAACUGUUCCCGAAAUUAUCCUCUUUAUUUUUUUUUUUUUUUUUUUGUUCGGAACACUUACCUG